AUGUCGGAGAAGAGCGUUGAUCUUCCCGAGGAACUGAUAACUGAAAUUCUGUUGAGAUUGACGGUGAAUACUCUAUUACGAUGCAAAUCCGUCUGUAAGUCAUGGUUUUCUAUUAUCUCUAAUCCCCAUUUUGCAACUUCACACUUUCAAAUUGCCGCCUCAUCCACAAAUAAACUUGUCUGUUUAGGAAAUAAUUCCGAAACCCUAACCGUUGAUUUUAAUGCAUCGCUUAACAAUGAGUCAUCAUAUGCUUUUUUGCACCUGAGAACAUGUCUUAAUAUUGGAGGUUCCUGCCGAGGGUUUCUAUUCUUGCAUAUGUACAGAGACUUCUACUUAUUGAAUCCAGCCACACGUGUCCAUAUACAAAUACCCGCCUCUCCUAUAACUAUUGUCUCUGAUUUCAAUCUUGAGACUUUUCUCUAUGGUUUUGCCUACGACCACUCAACUGAUGAUUACUUGAUAGUUUUGGGUUCCUACGAAUAUCGUGCUUUUAAUCAUCGUGUACCUUGUGCCAUUUACUUUGAGAUUUUCUCAUUGAGAACUAAUAGGUGGAAACAUAUUAAGUCUGAUUCUCAAUUGAUUAUUGACCAGGAAUGUGGUUUUUAUGUCGGGUUACUCUUGAAUGGUUCCAUUCAUUGGUUGGUUCGUAGGUACGAGGGCUAUUUUGUUGACGUUAUUAUUGCCUUUGAUUUAAAGGAAAGCAAAAUGUCACUGAUAGCCCUGCCAUAUGGUUUUGAUUAUGAUAUUGAUGAUAGCAACCACGAUUUGCUUGUACUUGGCGGACUUAUGGGUGCAUCGAUUGUGGAGAUGCCUACGAUUACGAUAUGGGUGAUGAAAAAAUAUGCUGUGCAGUCAUCUUGGACUAUGAUUAUUGUAUUUUCUGUUGAUCCUGCUUUGCACUGUUCUUUAUCAAUAGUAUGCUUUACAAAUAGUGGUGAUAUAAUUGGAAGAGAUCAGGAAGGUAGAUUGAUGAAGUUUAAUGACAAAGGACAGCUGUUGGAGCAUUACUGCAAUUCUAAGGGCAUUUACUCACAAAGAUCCCAAAUGGCACUGUAUACAGAGUCUCUGCUUUCACUCCCUUGUGGCAUUGAGCAGGUCUAA